CGAUCAUGGGUUCUUCUUCUAGAAAUUUGUAUGCAGGAAUAGGUGAAGGGCAAUUUAUACAUAUUGGAAAGAACGAAUGAGAAUCUAUAUUCGUUCCACGAACUUCUAAUUAUGGUUGGUUACCAAAAACGGGGAAGUGGUGCCGAUGAAAAAAGUCAGAGACAAGUUGAUCCCCAAGACAUAAAAAAGGUCGAGAAUUAUGCAAAGGCAAUAAACAUGCUCUAUUGUGCCGUAAAUCCUGAUGACAACCGCAAGAUCUCUUGCUGCUCAACCGCCAAGGAGAUGUGGGAUAAACUUGAGGUGACGUGCGAAGGAACAGACCAAGUACGUGAAGCCAAGAUCGACUUCCUCACCCAAGAGGAUCUUGUGCGAAAGAUCCUACGGAGCUUGACAUCCGAAUGGCGAUCCAAGGCCGAUGCCAUCUAUGAGUCAAUCGGCACAUCAAAUGUCACCAUCGACGGUUUAAGAGGAAGAAAGAAAAAGUUGAGGAUGGCCCUGUGUGCUAUGGGUGUGGUGAAGUCGGGCACAUCAAGAACAAAUGCCCAAGAAGCAGAAGGAAUGCCCAUCACUUCAAAAAGCAAAGAGCAUACAUCUCUUCGGGGUGGCGACUCUGGGGAUGAGUCAAGCGAGCAAGAGGAAGACGAAGAGGCAAACCUUUGUCUCAUAGCUCAAGAAGAAGAGGAGUCCGCCAAUGAAAAAAACCAAGAGGUCAUCCAGAAACCAAACAGCGGAAUGCUCACUGUCGGGUUGGGUGGUAUCCCCAAACGAGUUCCUCUAGUUUGGUUUGUAGAUCCCGAUUCCAGAAUCAUGCCACCCAGCGAUGGGAGAUAUUACCCAUCGAUGGGAGGACAAAGAAAGCGCUCCCGCACCGGAAAGAAUGCUGCCUCCUCCUUGGCUCCUCCACCACCGGCGCACCAAUACCUCGACGGAUCUUUCUUAUGGUUCAACGACCGCGCAGAGGCGACGCGGUUCUCGGAGAAGUUUGAGCACCGGGAAAUUCUCCCUCCCCGAUUCUCCACCGCCCGCUUCAUUCAUGACUCCAUUCCACGUGAGGCACGGGUUAUCCUCAAACGUGGAAACUGCCUCGACCUCCUCUACAUCAAGAAGGCUCAUUAUCACCCCUUUCUUGUUCGAGCCUUCUACUCGAACUUGAAAAAGGAUGAGGACGGAGCAUUGAUCUCUAACGUCAACGGGGUGGACAUUUAUUUGAAUGAGGAAAACAUUCAAAUCCUCACCGGGCUUCGUCGAGACGGACAGGAUCUCGGGCUCUACGUCGGAGAAGAAGGAGCGCGGUUCAAUGAGACCGCUCUCUUGGAGGAAACUAGGAAGUUCAAUCACACCACUCUCUCCCAGGAGGACACGAAGACAAUUCAUGCGAUGAUUCACAAAGCCAAUCUCAAUUGGUGUAAAUUUGUGAUGACUCACAUGUUCACCGCCACCUCCGACAAUCGGCCGCUCCCCUACGCCCUCCUCGUCAUGGCAAUUCUUGAAGAGUAUAACAUCAAAACCGAUGUUGGGCCAAAGAUAAAGGGGACAAAGCAUUGGGAGAUUGAUGAAUCCUCUUUCCACUCGGGCACCGACGAGACUCCGUUUCGACAGCCUCGUCCACGCCGCCAACCAAGAGCCACUGCCUCAACCGCCACCACUUCGACCAAUCCUUCUCUCGCCGAGCAAAUGGCAGCCUUGACCGCCACUCUCUCUCGGAUUGACACCAACGUCUCCAAAACGGAACACAACGUCAAUACCUUGAGCCGUGAACUUCACGGGUAUUUUGACUUUGUCAAUUACCCGUACGCUCAAUUGGUCCCUUACGUUCCUCCACCGAAUUUCGGAGGUGAACAGAGUGGGACUCAAAACGUUGGUAGGGACGACGAGGUGGACGAUGAGGAAGAGGAAGAAGAAGAGGAAGAAGAAGCCGAAGAUGAUGAUGAAGAUGAAGACGAUGAAGAAGAAGACAUUGACUCAGACCAACUUCUCAAUGAUCUUUCACCGGACUUCUAGAACUCUAGCUUUAUUCCCUUCUCUUCUUUAUUCUUUUUUAUGCUUUUUAAAUUUGCUUCCGUCAUGUACUCUGCUAUUUCCCUUAAUUAAUAAAAAUCUUUAUGGUUU